UAUUAAAAAAAGAGUUUAUAUCUUAAAGAAAAAUUGUUGUAUAAAGUGAUACUAAUAUUUAAUACCAAUUUCUUUAUUUAAAGUAUAACUUUUGUGCAAUACCGUGAUAACUUUUUUUGCACUUAUUUCAAAUGUAACUAAGUACUUAUUCUAUAUAGUUCUUGGUUAUGUAUAAUUUACCAAGUACCAGUACCAUAAUAAAAUGAUUUAUUUAUAAAUGAGGAUACUAAUGAGCACUCAUAAAUUAUGACAGACCCACAGCGUUUGGAAAGAAUAAAAGGUGGUGCUUUCCUAGCAGCAGUCGCAGGCAUAUCUGCAUUUGUUGGCUUUGGUGCAACGUUAGCAGCAGCUAGAAAAUCUGACCCAAAAUAUUUUAAUAAAGGAAUACAAGGGAGUGCCGAACUAGCAGAUGCCGGAGCUAUUCUGGCCCUAAGAGCACUUGGAUGGGGUACUAUUUAUGCAGUUGCUGGUACAUCAUGUCUUUGUUAUGGUAUAUGGAAAUUGUCUGGUGCUAAAGAUCUUAAAGACUUUCGUAUCAAAAUGGGGAAUAUGCUGCCAAUACUGCCAAAGAAUAACCCACCAAAAUCAAGGACAGAAUUCAGUGGAUUAAAUGAUCUCCUAACCUAUUUAUCAGAAGACUAUGGGAAGAAGAAAUAAAACUAUACCAUUAUGAUGUUAUGAAUAGUACAAAUAUAUAUUUAUGUAGUCAAA